GGUCCUGUUGUUGUAGGUGGCUGUGGAGGCGGCGGAGAGGGGCAAUUGGAGUUUCUCACGGCUGGCUGAGGGGGCCUGGGGCCGGUCAUGGCGCUGAGGCCUGGCCCCGGGGGAAGAUGAAUAAGGGCUGGCUGGAGCUGGAGAGCGACCCCGGGCUCUUCACACUCUUAGUAGAAGAUUUUGGUGUUAAGGGGGUGCAAGUUGAGGAAAUCUAUGAUCUGCAGAGCAAAUGCCAAGGGCCAGUCUAUGGGUUCAUCUUCCUUUUCAAGUGGAUUGAAGAGCGCCGGUCUCGACGGAAAGUCUCUACUCUGGUAGAUGAAACGUCAGUGAUUGAUGAUGACAUUGUCAAUAACAUGUUCUUUGCUCAUCAGCUGAUUCCCAAUUCUUGUGCCACACAUGCAUUGUUGAGUGUCCUCCUGAACUGUAGCAGUGUGGAUCUGGGGCCAACUCUGAGCCGAAUGAAGGAAUUCACCAAAGGAUUUAGUCCAGAGAGCAAAGGCUAUGCCAUUGGAAAUGCCCCAGAGCUGGCCAAGGCACAUAACAGCCAUGCUAGGCCAGAGCCCAGGCAUUUGCCAGAAAAACAGAAUGGGAUCAGUGCUGUGCGGACCAUGGAGGCUUUUCACUUUGUCAGCUAUGUUCCCAUCAAGGGGCGGCUCUUUGAGCUGGAUGGCCUGAAGGUUUAUCCCAUCGACCAUGGGCCCUGGGCAGAAGAUGAGGAAUGGACAGACAAAGCCAGGAGAGUUAUCAUGGAGAGGAUUGGACUUGCCACAGCAGGGGAGCCAUAUCAUGACAUCCGCUUUAACUUGAUGGCAGUGGUGCCUGACAGGAGGAUGAAGUAUGAAUCCAAGCUGAACAUACUGAAGAUGAACCGACAAACUGUAUUAGAGGCAUUGCAGCAGCUAAUCAGAGUGACUCAACCAGAGCUGGUCCACACCCAGAAAUCUCAGGAGUCCCAGCCUUCUGAGGAGCCCAAGUCAGCUAACAGUAAGACCUCCACUCCACUGGAAGUGGGGAGAGCGCAGCUGGGUCCAGAGAGCACACAGACAGGGAGUACUGAGGACUCUGGUGGCCACGAUCAGCCUGCCUCAACCCAGAGCCCUCCAAGCAAGUCAAAGCUGGGCAAUAAACCACCUGUGAGCAGUAUAAAUGGGGCGCCAUCAAACCCCAGCCCCAUUGUGCAGAGACUGCCAGCUUUCCUGGAUAACCACAACUAUGCAAAGUCACCCAUGCAGGAGGAAGAGGACCUUGCAGCAGGAGUGGGCCGGAGCAGGGUCCCAGUACGGCAGCCUCAGCAGUACUCUGAUGAUGAGGAUGAUUAUGACGAUGAGGAGGAGGAGGAAGUGUGCAAUGCUAAUCCUGCCAUCAGUUACAAGAGGAAGGGUCCAAUGAAGCAGGAGCACCUGGUGGGAAGCGCUGACGGCCAGCUCUCCAUACUCCAGCCCAACACCAUCAAUGUCCUUGCUGAGAAGCUCAAGGAAACGCAGAAGGACCUCUCCAUGCCUCUGUCUAUCAAGACCAGCAGUGGUGGCACUGCGGUUGCUGUUGUGCCUCAUUCUCAGCCAUCUCCUACGCCCAGCAACGAGAGCACGGACACUGCCUCAGAGAUCGGAAGUGCCUUCAAUUCCCCGCUCCGCUCCCCCAUCCGGUCAGCCAACCCCACUCGUCCCUCCAGCCCCGUCACCUCCCAUAUCUCCAAGGUGUUGUUUGGGGAGGAGGACAGCCUGCUACGCGUGGACUGUAUACGCUACAAUCGGGCUGUGAGGGAUUUGGGGCCUCUCAUCAGCACAGGCUUGCUGCACCUGACAGAGGAUGGCGUUUUCUGCCCACUGACUAUCACAGAUGGUGGGAAAAGCUCCUGCCCUUCUAGCAAAUCAGGCGAAGAGCUUCAGUCUGUUGUAAAACUAGAAGAGAGAGAUGCAAAUGAGCCAAAUGACAGCAAGGACAAGGGUGGAAUUGGCCGGUCUAAUGAUCCCCCUGGUGGGGAAAAAUAUUCUCCUAAAGAACUGCUGGCGCUGCUGAAGUGUGUGGAGGCUGAAAUUGCCAACUAUGAAGCUUGUUUAAAGGAGGAAGUAGAGAAAAGGAAGAAGUUUAAGAUUGAUGACCAGAGAAGAACCCACAAUUAUGAUGAAUUCAUAUGCACCUUUAUCUCCAUGCUGGCACAAGAAGGAAUGUUGGCUAGCCUUGUAGAGCAGAACAUCUCCGUACGUCGACGGCAGGGGGUCAGCAUUGGACGUCUCCACAAGCAGCGGAAGCCGGACCGGCGGAAACGUUCCCGGCCUUAUAAAGCCAAGCGCCAAUAACAUCCACCGUUGGGACAGGGCUGUGUGUGCUCUGCUUGCCACUUCGAUAAUCGGGUGCACGUUUCAGGCGCUUCUCUUAUCAGGGGAAGUGCUUUGCACUGAACUUCUCUGUUCAAAUCAUCAGUGUUAGUGUAAUGUUACACACGAACCCACUUGUGUUCAAAUGGGCUUUAGAUGUUGCCCCACUGGUGGUUCCUACAUGGGCAUUCCUGCAGCAUGAGGACCAGGACCACUUGAGAGACCUAUUGACACGGCACAACUCAGUGUCCUAAAUCCGUCUGCAGUAUAUCUUGCCGUAGCCAAUGGCAUUCUUAGAGGCUCUGUAUCGAGAUUAGAAAGGAACAGCCAGAUCUCUGCUAUCCUUUGAACGAGCAUUGCAGCCAGAAUUGGUAGUGUUGGGUUCAGUAGGAAUUGGCUGCGUAUUGUCCCUUUCCAGUACUUUUGGCUUUGUACACUCCAGGGAGGCUCAUAUCUAUUUUCUGUAUUAAAAUGUGUAUUUUAUUUUCCUGA